GACGGCACCUCAUCGCACCUUGUCCCACUCGUCCGUCCCACGGCUCAACGGCGACACGCACGCAAUGGCUCUCCCGGGUACAGAGACGAUCCGCUUCCGCCGGCCCACGGCGGGGCCCAAUGCCGUCGCGCAGAAGAGCGACGAGCCCAAGAAGGACCAGUUUGGCGACCUUGCGCCGACGGGCUGGAAGCGGAGGCACCAGGGCCUGCUGCAGGACCAGGUUGGCCGCCAGCAGCGUGGACCCACCGUCCCCUCCUUCUCGUUCGCGUUCCGCAUCCUGCUCCUCAUGAGGACCGCGGGCGCGAUGUACGCCGUCAUUGCAGACUGUGACGAGGUGUUCAACUUCUUCGAGCCUCUGCACUACUUUGUCCACAACGCCGGCUUCCAGACCUGGGAGCUGUCGCCCGAGUUCGCGGUGCGCAGCUGGGCCUACCUUCUUUUCCACUGGCCUCUGGCCACCUUCGGUCCUUACAUCCUCGGUCUCGGCAAGCGUCAGCAGUUCUUCGCGCUCCGCUUCUUCCUCGGCGCGAUCAGCGCGUUGGUGGAGGCCAGGUUCUACCGCGCUGUUGUUGACGCUGUCAACGAGCGUGUGGGCCGCUACCUUCUCUUCGCUCUGCUCUUCAGCGCUGGCAUGUGGACCGCCAGUGUUGCCUUCCUCCCCUCGUCAUUCGCCAUGUACGCGACUGCGCUGGCUGCCUCCGAGUGGUUCCACCCAGCCACCUCGACCCGAAUUGGCGUGAACCGUGCGUUCCGUGCCACGCUCUUCACUGCCAUCGGCGCCAUUGUUGGCUGGCCGUUUGCGGCUGCCCUCGGCGUUCCCUGCGUCCUCGAGUACGCCCUCCUGGCCGCCGGUGAGACCGUCCUCCCCAAGGAUCGCCUCAGCUGGGGAAGCAAGCGUCUCUCUACCCUCGUUGGCGCCAUUGUUGUGUCUGCCGCCGUGGCGAUCCCAGUGGUCCUCGUCGACUCGUGGGCUUACGGCAGGUUCACGUUCCCUACGCUCAACAUUAUCUUCUACAACCUGUUCUCGAGCAACGGCCCCGACCUCUACGGUACCGAGCCCGCUUCGUACUACUUCCUCAACCUCUUCCUCAACUUCAACUUCUUCACCCCUCUCGCUCUCCUCUCGCUCCCUGCCUUGUUUGUCACCUACAACGUCGACUUCCGUCGCCUCGGCAAGACCCAGCUCAAGCCCAAGGAGGGCGAGACGAGCCCUUACAUCCUCCUUGCGGUCCGCCUGUCCCCGUUCUACCUUUGGCUCGCGAUCCUCACUCUCCAGAGCCACAAGGAGGAGCGCUUCAUGUACCCUGCGUACCCUCUCCUCGUCUUCAACGCCGCGGUCACCGUCUUCCUUGCCAAGGGCUGGCUGGAGACUGCCUUUGUCAAGAUCACCAAGUCGCCGUACAGGGCUGGCCAGACCAACCUCUUCUCGCAGUUCUCCUUCCUGGCCAUCAUCAUCCCCUCGAUUAUCUCGAUCGGACGCAUCUUUGCUCUCUUCCAGUUCUACCACGCGCCUUUCGACGUCGCCGCCCACUUCCAGUACACCACUAUCCCCAACAUUCUCUCGGGUAUGGGCUACCUCCCCAUUCCUCCUCCCAAGGGUGUCAAGCCCAGGGAGGACCACGUUCACGAGUGGGACUUCUCGCCUCUCGCUGAGCUCGAGAACCCGAUCACCGUGUGCUUUGGCUCGGAGUGGCACCGCUUCCCCUCGAGCUACCUCUUCCCUGAGGGCGUUGAGCUUCGCUGGAUCAAGAGCGAGUUUGACGGUAUGAUGCCCCGUCCUUGGGACAAGAGCGAGGCUGUUGGUCUCUGGCCCCGCGCCGAGACUCGCGUCACGCACGUCGGUCGCUUCAACGGCGCCAACAAGGCCUCGGCCGUGCCCGGUACCUACGUCCCCAUCGAGCAGUGCACGCACCUCGUCACCCUGUCGCUCCCUUCGCAGACCCCAACUGCGCUCGAGCCCGACUACAGCCUCGAUGAGGAGCACUGGGACCGCGAGUACUGCACCACGUUCCUCGACGGUGCCAGCUCCAAGUGGUGGUCGCGCCUCAUCUGGCUCCCUGCCAGCAUUGGCGACAGUGGCCGUGUCUACGGCGACUACUGCCUCCUCCGUCGCAAGUAAGCUCUGCGCCGUUGAUUUAGCUUCUGCGCAAAAUAACUAGGCCUCUACUUGAGUGUUCUGCCUACUAGAGAGCACCCUAUAUAGAGUGCAUCCACAUCGCACACCCGCAUCUCCCUGCAUCCAAUGCAAUGCAUC